AGUGUGAACAAAAUGUUAUUUCUGGUGACUAUUGUGGUGGUAUACUUGAGCUAUGUGCUGUUCAAGUAUCACCAAAAACGUCAACAAUUGUUAGAGAUUUCCAAGCACAUCAAGGGACCUUAUCCAAACUAUUUCCUUGGAUGUUUCUAUCUCUUCCGCAACAAGUCUGUUGCAGAUAUAUUCGACCAGAUAAAUAAUAUGCACCGACAAUAUGGUGCCGACGUCAGCAUGAUCGGUGCAUUCAAUGACCUCGUGCUAGAUCUCUCCAGCACGCAGAACAUGGAGAAAGUGUUGCUCGCCAAGACAACCAAAAAAUCUUUCCCGUACGAAUUUCUCGAACCAUGGCUCGGAACAGGACUGUUGCUCUCAUUCGGCGAGAAGUGGUUCCAACGCCGGCGCAUCAUAACACCCGCGUUCCACUUUAAAAUACUCGACCAAUUUAUGGACGUGUUCAAUCACGAAGCGGACAUACUGGUUUCGAAGCUGGAAAAGCAGGCAAACAAGAAAGAGUUCGAUAUCUACGAUUAUAUCACGCUGUAUGCGCUGGACAGUAUUUGUGCGACCUCGAUGGGAGUACAAAUCAACGCACAGGAAGACCCGAACAACGAGUACGCUCGGGGCGUAAAGCAAAUGUCAGAGUUUAUCUUCCGCCGUGUGUUUAGCGUACUGCGCCAGUUCCCCGCCCUCUUCUUCCUGUAUCCGUUCGCCAAGGAACAGGGACGGGUGAUCAAGAAGCUGCACGACUUUACCAACUCCGUGAUUGAGAAGCGACGCGCACAGCUGCAGGCCGAACAGUCGGUUGGGAAGGUGGAGUUCAAUGCGGAUGAGGAUGAGCUUUACUCGAAGCGCCGGGAUACUUUCCUCGAUCAGUUGCUGAAGGUAACGAUCGAAGGUAAACCGCUGAGUACGGCUGAUAUUCGGGAGGAAGUGGAUACGUUCAUGUUUGAAGGGCACGAUACGACCACUUCUGGCAUAUCGUUCACAAUUCUUCAGCUUGCCAAGCAUCAAGAAAUUCAGCAAAAGUUGUUCGAAGAAAUCGAUGGAAUGUUGGGAGCAAACGCCAAAACUACCGUGCUGACUAGUGCACUUCUGCAAGACAUGAAGUACUUGGAUUUGGUGAUCAAGGAAUCGCUACGACUCGUACCUCCGGUACCUUUCAUUGGACGCAAACUACUGGAGGAUAUGGAAAUGAAUGGCAUUAAAAUACCUGCAGGCACAACGCUUUCCCUGAACAUCUUCAACGUACAUCGCAAUCCGAAAGUGUUCCCCGAGCCCGAAAAGUUCAUCCCCGAGCGUUUCUCAGACGAGAACGAAAUUAAGCGAGGACCUUACGACUACAUCCCGUUCAGUGCCGGGUUCCGGAACUGUAUUGGACAGAAGUAUGCGUUGCUGGAGAUGAAGGUUACCAUAGUGAAGUUGCUGGCUAGCUACAAAAUUCUACCCGGAGAGUCCAUCAAUCAAGUGCGUUACAAGACGGAUUUGGUGCUUCGUCCGACGGCUGGAAUUCCAGUUAAGCUUGAGAAGCGGAAGUAAUGUGUUUAGUUGUAGGUUUCGUAAAGUUUUUGGCUCC